AUGCCCGAAAUCAAGCAGCCCACCGCCACCAUGUGCCUCUCAUGUCCCCCACAGCCUCAGUGUCACACUCGGAGGACAGCAUCGUCCUGCCCUCGCCCUCGGUCCCAGACCCGCUUGGACACCAGGGGGCGAUGCCCGACCCCAUAUAAAAGCGGGUCCCGCGCGGGCCUGGCCAUUCGCGACCCGGAGCUGCGCGGGCGCGAGCUAGUUGGGGCUCUGGGUGGGCGGCGGCAGCAGCGGCGCCACGCGCAGGCUGGAGGCCGCCGAGGCUCGCCAUGCCGGGAGAACUCUAACUCCUCCAUGGAGUCGGCCGACUUCUACGAGGCGGAGCCGCGGCCCCCGAUGAGCAGCCACCUCCAGAGCCCCCCGCACGCACCCGCGUUGGGUGCUGCGGGCCUGCCGGGUCCGGGGGGCGCGCUCAAGGGGUUGGCUGGCACGCACCCUGACCUCCGCACUGGCGGCGGUGGCGGCGGUGCCGGUGCGGGCAAGGCCAAGAAGUCGGUGGACAAGAACAGCAACGAGUACCGGGUGCGGCGGGAACGCAACAACAUCGCGGUGCGCAAGAGCCGAGAUAAAGCCAAGCAGCGCAACGUGGAGACGCAGCAGAAGGUGCUGGAGCUGACCAGUGACAAUGAUCGCCUGCGCAAGCGGGUGGAACAGCUAAGCCGCGAACUGGACACGCUGCGGGGCAUCUUCCGCCAGCUGCCGGAGAGCUCCUUGGUCAAGGCCAUGGGCAACUGCGCGUGAGGCGCGCGGCUGCGGGACCGCCCUGGGCCGGCCCCCUGGCCGGGGACUCGGAGAAUGAUUUCGGGUCGCUGGAUCUCCAGACUGCCCCGGCCCUGAAAGCCAGGACUAGGAGAUUCUGGUGUCGUCUGAAAGCUUGGCCUACUCCGCAUGUCCCCUCCCUUCUUCUGAGCCGGACUCGGUGUGUCUAAGAUGUGGGAGUCAGGCCGUGGUUUCUCCUUGAAGCGGGGAGACUUUACCGCGGAGCUGAGCUGGGAGCCCGGCCAUUCUAGUAUUAAGGAAGUAACCCUGUGCCUUGGAUACUCAAACUCGCUCCUUUUCCUACCGAGUAGGGGGAGCAAACAUGUGCCUUGAUAUUUUAUUUGGAGGAUUCCUGCCUCCUCCGAGGCUGCAACAGGCCCCCCACGAGAGAAUGAAGGGUGCAGGCCCAGGGCAGGAGGAAGAUUCAGGAAGCUGAGAUCCCGGCAGCGCUCUGCCUCGGCCCCUCAGUCCCGGUCCUUAGAUGGGUGGGACUUAGGGAGUUGGGGAUUUAAGUCUAAGAGUGGGCCCCCCCCCCCCGCCCGGCUACUUGGAGGUGGAGGGUUCCCAGAUCCUUGCUUUUCCACCUCCACCUUCACUCCCCACCUCAGCUUGCAACAGGCUAAGUUUUCUGGGUGAGUUCAUGGAGGGAGGGGAGUACCACCCCCAGUCAGAUCAGAAAGCUAGGUUGUAAGUAAGCCUUGUGGUUAAGGGGGUAAUGGGAGACAGGAACCCAGGUUUCUCUGGUCUUGGGGUGGGGAAGGAGAGGACACCGGGACCAUCAGCCUUGUGUGUACUGUAUGUCGCCAGCCGCUGUUGCUGAAGGAACUUGAAGCACAAUCGAUCCAUCCCAGAGGGACUGGAGUUAUGACAAGCUUCCCAAAUAUUUUGCUUUAUCAUCCGAUAUCAACACUUGUAUCUGGUCUCUGUGUCCCAGCGGUGCCUUGUGCAAUGUCAAUGUUCACGUCUAUGCUAAACCACCAUUUUAUUUGGUCCUUUGUUUUGUUUUGGUUUUGCUCAGAUUCUUGCCAAAAUGAGACUCUUCGCUGGCGGCUGGGGGAAGAAGCUGAGGCUUUCCUUUUUGGUCUAGGGAUUUUGGUUUUUUUUCUUUUGCUCCCAGAGGACCAGCGAAAUGAAGUGGGCCUCUACCCUUCCCCACAGUGGUCCAAGGGUGUCCUUGUGGGUCUUAGCUUCCUCCAGCUGAGACUGCGCACAGGCCUCUCCCCCUCCCACCCCCAAAGGCCCUGAGUCUCCGUCUGGAAAGAAAGCCACCUCCAGCCAUUCGUGCUCACCCCUGUGGAUGGGAACAGGGGUGGACUUCUCUUCGUUGGGGGGGGAGGAGGGAACACACGAAGUUUCAUGCUACAUGUCGUAUGUAUUAUAUCUAUAAUAUAAACAUAUCAAACUCAA